AUGAAGAAGAAAAAACACUUUGGCAUUGUUUAUGAACCUAAAGAAGUUCUGAAUCCAUCUGCCAAAGUAACAAAUUGUUGCAAAUCACUGUGGGUAAAGCACAGUUUUCAGAAGGCAUACAUGACCCAACUUGUCAGCUCCCAGCCAGUUCUAGCCAUGUCAAGGAACCCAGAUCACGGUCUACCUUCUCAGUCCAAGGAGAACAGCACUGGCCAGAAGCAUCACCAGGAGGAAAUAAUCCACAAGGUGGCCAUGCAGCUGAGACACAUUGGGGACAGCAUCGAUAAUAGAAUGAUUCAAGAGGAUCUUCAACAGGAAGGCAGAGAUGCACUGGCUCAUUUUGUCUUAUUUUUCUUUAGAAGAGUUCAUGUGUUGCUGCAUUUUUUUCUGGAAUAG